CAGGGCCGGCAGCUCCAGAACAAGAUCAGGAAGCAAACAGUCUACUAACCCUGCUGAUAACUACCAUCUGGCCCGGAGAGGAACUCUGCAAGUGGUUGUGAGCUCCUUGCUGACAGAGGCAGGGUUUGAGAGUGCUGAGAAAGCAUCUGUGAAAACCUUGACAGAAAUGCUGCAGAGCUACAUUUCUGAAAUUGGAAGGAGUGCCAUGUCUUACUGUGAACACACAGCCAGGACCCAGCCCACACUGUCAGAUAUUGUGGUCACACUGGUUGAGAUGGGUUUCAAUGUGGACACACUCCCUGCUUAUGCAAAACGGUCUCAGAGAAUGGUCAUCACUGCCCCUCCAGUGACUAAUCAACCAGUGACCCCAAAGGCCCCCACUGCUGGGCAGAACCGACCGCACCCGCCGCACAUCCCCAGCCAUUUUCCUGAGUUUCCAGAACCCCACACCUACAUCAAAACUCCGACAUACUAAGAACCGGUGUCAGACUACUAAGUCCUGCAGGAGAAGGCUGCCUCCCAGAGACGAGAUGUAGAGCCGGCACUCACCCGUUUCAUGGCCAAGACUGGCAAGACCCAGAGUCUUUUCAAAGAUGACGUCAGCACAUUUCCAUUGAUUGCUGCCAGACCUUUCACCAUCCCCUACCUGACAGCUCUUCUACCAUCUGAGCUGGAGAUGCAACAAAUGGAAGAGACAGACUCUUCAGAGCAGGAUGAGCAGACAGACACGGAGAACCUCUCUCUUCAUAUUAGCACGGAUGACUCUGGUGCUGAGAAGGAGAAUACCUUUGUCCUGCAGCAGAACCCUGCCUUGUCGGGAAGCCGAAAUGGGGAGGAGAAUAUCAUUGAUAACCCAUACCUUCAACCCGUGAAGAAACCCAAAAUCCGCAGGAAGAAGUCUCUCUCGUGAGCUGAGAAGGAAGUCUGCCUUAUACAGGGAUGCCAUUACCACCCUCCUAGGGAAUUGAAGCCAAUCAAGGGGUCAAGAGAAGAUGGCCUCCUCAUGGUCAAGUCAAGGCUGUGGGGUGGAAUCGAGCAUGACUUUAUAGGACUCUGUGUUAAGAUUACCUAUUUCCACUGAGUGCUUGAGUUAAGGAAAAUAAUGUCGGUAACAAGGAAGCUUUUUUAGCUGUCCAGGUAAUUUUAGCACAGGAGCAACUAUUGGCUUUACUUGUGGCAGGACUGGAUUUUCUUGAUACCUGGAAGACAAGAGAGGGUGGACAGGAAAGAAAGAAUUCCUUGUCUGCUGUGCUUACUGCUGAGUUAUAUUGCAGGACAUCUGUACUUUUUUCUGUUACCUUACAAUUUGUGGUAAUUAUUUAUCAUCCUGAAGUCUGAUUCUUAGUUCUCUCCUCACCUGGGCUCCAAGUGCACUGGUGAGCUGGUGGAAAGCGGCUUUCCCCUCCCUCCUCAAGUGAGAAGUGGAUGGCCCACACACCAUAGCCUGCAACUGGACUACACUCUCUUGAGAGAGCCAUCACUUCCUGUCCCUCUGUGGAGGGUGUACUCGAGCACUCCCUGGUUCUGCCCUUCCUGGGAGAAGAGGUUUUCUUUGACAGUAUCAAUGGACAAAUUAUACUAUGACUUUGGCAGAGGAUCCUGACUAUAGAAAACAAAAAAUAUAAUAAUUUGAUGGGCUUGGGGUACAACUUUUGAAGACUGGGUUUGGCUUAGGCUUCUAGAAGCUGAGAAAACUGACUGGUCUGCUAGAAUCAAAAAUACAUUCCCACCACAUGGCAGGCGUGGGCUGAGAGGAGUUUGCAGGCCUGAAUCUGUUCAACCUCUGUAUCUCUUACAGAAGAACUUGUCUUUGCUGUACCCCACAAACCAAAAUAAAGUAAAAUAAAAUAAAAACAAGUGUCUAAGAAAGAUGUUGGACAAUCUGAUGGCCUUUGGCUGGUCUCUGAAGGAAGAAGCCAGCAACAUCUGGAAGUUAGUUCAAAAUAAACAGAAUCUGCAGGGCCAACAUCCUAAGGUCCAUACUGAACUUUGCAUAUUCUCAGCUUCCCUACUUAUCUCUUACUUGAAAACUCACAAGAUUUGGUGCCUUGACAGCAGGCCCCAUGUCCGUCAGCCUCAUUGUUCUGUAGUGCACUGCUUCGCAUUCCCAGAAGGAAAGAACUGCUUGUCAGCUAGUGCAAAAAUUGGAUUCCCCAACUCUGGAUCACAAAAAGAAUUUUGUGUGUGGUGAUUGGGAACUCUUCCAAUUGAAAGUCAUCA